AUGCCUGUCCUCCAACCGCCACGUGUGUUCUCACAUCGCUGUUGCCAUUGUCGCCGAGGCUUCAACAGCUCCUUCAUGAAGGCCCUGCAGUGCUGUGAGGCGCUUGCAGGGCACAAGCAGGGCAAGGGCAAGGAAGGGGUCAAGUGUCCACAAAGUUUGGUGGGUGUUGUGGUGCAGUGCAGUGCUCACAACGUAAAGUCGCAGUGGACUUUGAUGAAGCAUUCCGUGUUAUUCCCCCCAAACUUCAGGAUAUGGUUCUCCAGAGUGUCCUUCAGGCCGGGCGAGCAGACCCUGCAGCAGUUAAGUGGAGUGAUGGCCUGCGCAGAUUCAGGUCUUGAUUCUUGA